GGUACUGAACGGCUUAUACACUCAACUGCAUGGCGAGUAUUAACAUUAACUCUUUGGCUGAAAAUGCAUCGAGACUCGGAAUGCGUAUCCAAGAAACGUUCUCUGAACAUACCCGCGACCUAUCCAUAACUCGAGGAUCAGGUUCUUUGUUUGACAUGCCAGAUGAGAAAGUAAAGAACAUUGGCCGACAGUUGGAUUCCAGCAGCGAUAGAGAGAAGCUAGAUGCCAUGAAAAGACUCAUUGCACUGAUAUCCAAGGGUCGCAAUGUGUCCAGCUACUUUCCUCAAGUCGUUAAAAAUGUGGCCUCUCAAAAUCUCGAAAUACGCAAGCUGGUGUACAUUUAUCUCUUACGAUAUGCGGAACACGAACCUGACCUUGCCCUCUUGUCCAUCAAUACCUUCCAAAAGGAUCUCACUGACUCCAGUCCGCUCAUCCGUGCCAUGGCUCUUCGUGUACUCAGUGGGAUUAAAGUACCAAUGAUAGGCAGUAUUGUCGUGUUGGCUAUUAAGAAAUGCGCAGCAGAUAUCAGUCCUUAUGUUCGCAAGGCAGCCGCUCUUGCCAUCCCGAAGUGUCACCAACUGGAUGAAGGUCACCAAACGUCACUGAUCGAUAUCAUCUCAACCCUCCUCCGCGAUCGCUCCCCACUUUCAAUAGGUAGCGCCGUUGUCGCUUUUGAAGCUGUCUGUCCCACCCGUCUCGAUCUCCUCCAUCAACAAUACAGGAGACUUUGUAGACUAAUGGUCGAUGUUGACGAAUGGGGCCAAAUCAGUCUUCUUAAUCUUCUGAUCAGGUAUGCUCGUGUAAUGCUACCAAAACCAGUGUUAUCACACGACGGCGAGAUGGUAGAGGAAGCCGACUCGGAUCUACAGCUGCUUUUAAUAUCUGCUGAACCUCUUUUUCAGUCAAAAAAUCCAGCAGUUGUGUUGGCCGUUGUUCGCGUUUUUUUCUACAUCGCUCCUCCUUCUCAGCACUCAAGAUUUACCAACCCCCUUCUACGCAUCCUAAGCAAUUCUAGAGCUGUAGAACGUGUAGCCCUUUCAUAUCUGGUUGUAAUUACAUGCGCGCAUCCGCACUUAUUUUCGUCCCACUAUCUGCGGUUAUUGGUGCGCGCUGAUGAUCCUCAGCAGGUUAGAAGAGAUAAAAUACGGGUUUUGCUCAAUAUCCUGAAUGCUGAUAACUAUCAAAUCAUUCUCCGUGAAUUUACUACCUACGCUGAGGAUAUGGAUGACGAAGUCGUUGGGAAUGCAAUCGCUGCUAUUGGUCAUUGUGCCAGAUUAAUUCCUGAUUGUGUCCCUCAAUGUCUGGCUAUUCUAAUGGACAUGAUCAGGAGCAAACAAGACAUAAUUGUCAGCAACGCAGUGCAGAUAUUGAAAUCCCUUGUUCAAAACCAAUUACUUUCUGGAACAGUUGUUGCGAAUGUCACACAUUCUCCUCUUUCCAUCAUAUCUAGUUUAGCUGGGAAAAUAGAUGACGUUCGCCAUCCGCAGGCGAAAGCUUGCGUUAUCUGGCUUGUAGGCCAGUACUGUGUCACCCAGGAAAGCGGAACCUUCUUCGAAGGUAUUGCAGAUUGGGCUCCUGACGUGUUGCGAAAAUCAGCGAGAUCUUUCAGUUCGGAGAGCAAUAUCGUCAAACUACAGAUUCUUACACUCUCUGCGAAACUACUUGUCAUGUGUCCCACAGAUCGUACACUCGGUCUUCUAUGCCAUUACGUAUUUUCAGUCGCCCGUUUCGAUAUAGAUUAUGACGUUCGAGACCGCACCAGAAUGUUGGCAUCACUCUUGGCAGGCCUUUCCCCGAGUAUAAGUGGAGAUGAAGAUACUCAAGAUCAAGGUGGCGUUGUCCUACGAAGGGAGCAGGUUAAACGAGUGCUAUUCGAGGGCAAAGAAGAUGUUUCAGUCAAUGAAGUGAUACCAGGUGAAAUCCACUCCCUGAUCGGUUCCCUAAGUCUCACGGUGGGGAAGGACGUGGGGAGCAAUACUGUGUUGCCGGAGUGGCUAGAGUCAGGAAUUGACCCCACCUUAAGGGUUAACGAGGACGAUCCAGUGUUAACACCUUCCGUUACCACAGCAAGAUCUCAAUAUCCUAUUGUUUCUGCGAAUACUGCGCCUAUUGUUUUGACACCAAACCAAAGUACUUCACCGCCUGGCAACGGUAGCAAAGUACCUUGGAAAGAUUUGGAUAAAUUCUAUGAAGACGAAAGUAGCGAAGAAACCGAAGAAUCUGAGAGUAACAGUGAUGGAGAACAUUCUAAUGAAAGCGAGGAAGACAGCCACGAAGAUAACACGGACGACAGCGUUACUGAUGAAGAUGGAAGUAGUAUUCCGAACGAUGGCAGGGAAGAAGAUCAGGAAGGGGUACAAGAGAAUACGGUAUAAUACAAGCAAAACAAUGGAGCUAGAGGUAUAAGACUACAAGAUUGCACCUUCAGGGAUAUCAUAAUACAACGGCUGCAUCCAUAUGUCAGAUACCAUUGUAUGCACCGUGUCAGGUUGGCUUACCGUAUUAAACACAUGAUAGAAAUGACCAUUCACACCUCCUU